AUGGAUAAACCUCCCCUCUGGAACUGGGGUCUGCUGGUCACCUAAAAUACUGCAAAUGACUCCUCACAGCAGCGUGUCAAUCACAAAACUUACAGCCACAAUGUACCAAACUACCCACAUCCAGUGUGCGAAUCCCACUACUCACAGCCACAAUGUGCCAAACUAUACAUACAGUGUGCUAGUCACACUACUUACAGCCGCAAUGUGCCAAUCAAACUACGCACACAGUGUGCUAGUCCUUACAGCCGCAAUGUGCCAAUCAAACUACGCACACAGUGCGCUAAUCACACUACUUACAGCUUCAAUGUGCCAAUCAAACUACCCACACAGUGUGCUAAUCACACUACUUACAGCCGCAAUGUGCCAAUCACAAUACUCACAGCUGCAAUGUGCCAAACAACACACAUACAGUGGGCCAAUCAAACAACGCACAUACAGUGUGUAAAUCACACUAAUCGCAGUCUGUGUAUGACAAUCACACUACUCUCAGCCUCUAUAUGA